UGUGACACUGCACGGACUAGUUACCACCACAGUGGAAAGAGCAUUGCCAAGCCGGAUGUCCACCUUCCUCGACAUCUGGGAAUCAUCGACGCGACCGUGUUUUAAACGACAAGGCAUUGACCGAACUUUCCUUUUGCAGAUUCUUCUUUUAGACUGCCCCGUCUCAGAUGAUGCUUCUAGAGCGGAAGGAGGCAAGGCGAGCACACCAUACACAAUAACAUACGUGUAAGCAGUGCUACCUUAUUCGAACAGGAGAGAUUUACCCUCCGACUCAAGAACAUUCGCCUCCUUACCAUCCGCCCUCCGAUAAACCGUCACCACAGCCGCACCCCCCAGC